GCGUAGAAAUAUCAAAUUCUCAAAUCUCACCCGCACACGACAGACACGAACACGAUGGUUGAAAUUUGAAGCAAAGCACGUGUUUGUGUGUGACCUUCUCUCUCUCUAAACUCCGAUGGCUUUCUCUGCAAUCACUACCUUGCCCUCUCCUCAAUUUCUCCGCCUUCCUCAAUCUUCACCCUCUCUUCGCUUUUCACCGCCAAUUCUCAAACGCCCCAAACCCCUCUCCAUUCGAUCAGUUUCAAUCCCCGCUGCACCAGCAUCUGGUUCUCUGGCCCCUGCAGUUUCACUUACGGAUAAUGCGCUGAAGCACUUGAAUAAGAUGAGGUCUGAACGAAAUCAAGAUUUAUGUUUAAGAAUAGGUGUCAAACAGGGAGGGUGCUCUGGUAUGUCAUACACAAUGGAUUUUGAAGACAGGGCUAAUAAAAGGCCAGAUGAUUCAAUUAUUGAGUAUGAAGGUUUUGAAAUUGUUUGUGAUCCUAAGAGCCUACUCUUCAUAUUUGGCAUGCAAUUAGAUUACAGUGAUGCUCUGAUUGGGGGAGGCUUCUCUUUCAAGAAUCCUAACGCGACACAGACUUGUGGAUGUGGUAAAUCCUUUGCCGCUGAAAUGUAGAAUCAUGUUUAUAGACAAUAGUUUGUUUCUACUUUCUAGCAACACUCUGGACUAAAUAUAGAUAUACUUUUAAUACUAACAUAAAUAUAUUCAUGUGCAUUGUCAAAAAAAAUAUGUACUGAAUGCUUGUUAUUUGUAUUUCUGUUUAUAUUUGUUUCGCUGCAUCAUUAGUCAUUCAUCUUUUCAAUUUGUU